AUAUGCCAUUUGGACAUGUAAUUGUCAGCACGGGAUCUGAGACUUCCAAAAAAUGAAGCUGGCGACAGGACUGUGGGUCUGGGUGAGCCUUCUCUUGGCGGCAGGGACCGUCCAGCCCAGCGCUUCUCAAUCAGUGUGUGCAGGAACAGAGAAUAAACUGAGUUCCCUCUCUGACCUGGAACAGCAGUACCGGGCCUUGCGCAAAUACUAUGAGAACUGUGAGGUAGUCAUGGGCAACCUGGAGAUAACCAGCAUCGAGCACAACCGGGACCUCUCCUUCCUGCGGUCUAUUCGAGAAGUCACAGGCUAUGUGUUAGUGGCUCUUAACCAGUUUCGUUACCUGCCUCUGGAGAAUUUACGCAUCAUCCGUGGAACAAAACUUUAUGAAGAUCGGUAUGCCUUGGCAAUAUUUCUAAACUACAGAAAAGAUGGAAACUUUGGACUACAAGAACUUGGAUUAAAGAACUUGACAGAAAUUCUAAAUGGUGGAGUCUAUGUAGACCAGAACAAAUUUCUUUGUUACGCAGACACCAUUCAUUGGCAAGAUAUUGUUAGAAAUCCAUGGCCUUCCAAUUUGACUCUGGUAUCAACAAACGGAAGCUCAGGAUGUGGACGUUGCCAUAAGUCCUGUACUGGCCGAUGCUGGGGACCAACAGAAAAUCAUUGUCAGACCUUGACAAGGACGGUGUGUGCAGAACAAUGUGAUGGCAGGUGCUAUGGACCUUAUGUCAGUGACUGCUGCCAUAGAGAAUGUGCUGGAGGCUGCUCAGGACCUAAGGAUACAGACUGCUUUGCCUGCAUGAACUUCAAUGACAGUGGGGCAUGUGUGACUCAAUGUCCCCAAACCUUUGUCUACAAUCCAACCACUUUUCAAUUGGAACACAACUUCAAUGCAAAGUACACAUAUGGAGCAUUCUGUGUCAAGAAGUGCCCACAUAACUUUGUGGUCGAUUCUAGUUCUUGUGUGCGUGCCUGCCCUAGUUCCAAGAUGGAAGUAGAAGAAAAUGGGAUUAAAAUGUGUAAACCUUGCACUGAUAUUUGCCCAAAAGCUUGUGAUGGCAUUGGCACGGGAUCACUGAUGUCAGCUCAGACUGUGGAUUCCAGUAACAUUGACAAAUUCAUAAACUGUACAAAGAUCAAUGGGAAUUUGAUCUUCCUUGUCACUGGUAUUCAUGGGGAUCCUUACAAUGCAAUUGAAGCUAUAGACCCAGAGAAACUGAAUGUUUUUCGGACAGUCAGAGAGAUAACAGGUUUCUUGAACAUACAAUCAUGGCCCCCAAAUAUGACUGACUUCAGUGUCUUUUCCAACCUGGUGACCAUUGGUGGAAGAGUACUGUAUAGUGGCCUCUCCUUGCUGAUCCUCAAGCAACAAGGCAUUACCUCUCUACAGUUCCAGUCUCUGAAGGAGAUUAGUGCAGGAAACAUCUAUAUAACCGACAAUAGCAACCUGUGUUAUUAUCACACCAUCAACUGGACAACUCUCUUCAGCACCAUUAACCAAAGAAUAGUGAUCCGGGAUAACAGAAAAGCUGAGAACUGUACUGCUGAAGGAAUGGUGUGCAAUCAUCUAUGUUCCAACGAUGGCUGUUGGGGUCCUGGGCCAGACCAGUGUCUUUCAUGCCGUCGCUUCAGCAGGGGAAGGAUAUGCAUAGAGUCCUGUAACCUCUAUGAUGGUGAAUUUCGGGAGUUCGAGAAUGGCUCCAUCUGCGUGGAGUGUGACUCCCAGUGUGAGAAGAUGGAAGAUGGCCUCCUCACAUGCCAUGGACCGGGACCUGACAACUGUACAAAAUGUUCUCACUUUAAGGAUGGUCCAAACUGUGUAGAGAAAUGUCCAGAUGGCUUACAGGGGGCAAACAGUUUCAUUUUCAAGUAUGCGGAUCAGGAUCGGGAGUGCCACCCAUGCCAUCCAAACUGCACCCAAGGGUGUAACGGUCCCACUAGUCAUGACUGCAUUUACUACCCAUGGACGGGCCAUUCCACUUUACCACAACAUGCUAGAACUCCCCUAAUUGCUGCUGGAGUCAUUGGAGGUCUCUUCAUCCUGGUCAUCGUAGGUCUGACCUUUGCAGUUUAUGUUAGAAGGAAGAGCAUCAAAAAGAAAAGAGCCUUGAGAAGAUUCCUGGAAACAGAGCUGGUGGAACCUCUGACUCCCAGUGGUACAGCACCCAACCAAGCUCAGCUUCGUAUUUUGAAAGAAACUGAACUCAAAAGAGUAAAAGUCCUUGGCUCAGGUGCUUUUGGAACCGUUUAUAAAGGCAUUUGGGUACCUGAAGGAGAAACAGUGAAGAUUCCUGUGGCUAUUAAGAUUCUCAAUGAGACGACUGGUCCCAAAGCCAAUGUGGAGUUCAUGGACGAAGCUCUGAUCAUGGCCAGCAUGGACCAUCCACACCUAGUCCGCCUAUUGGGUGUGUGUCUAAGCCCAACCAUCCAGCUGGUUACCCAGCUGAUGCCCCACGGCUGCUUGCUGGAAUACGUACAUGAACACAAGGAUAACAUUGGAUCACAACUGCUGCUGAACUGGUGUGUCCAGAUAGCUAAGGGAAUGAUGUACCUAGAAGAAAGACGGCUUGUUCAUCGGGACUUGGCAGCUCGAAAUGUGUUAGUGAAAUCUCCAAACCAUGUGAAAAUCACAGAUUUUGGACUAGCCAGACUCUUGGAAGGAGAUGAAAAAGAGUAUAAUGCAGAUGGAGGAAAGAUGCCAAUUAAAUGGAUGGCACUGGAGUGUAUACAUUAUAGAAAAUUCACCCACCAGAGUGACGUUUGGAGCUAUGGAGUCACUAUAUGGGAACUGAUGACCUUUGGAGGGAAACCCUAUGAUGGAAUUCCAACUCGAGAAAUUCCUGAUUUAUUAGAGAAAGGAGAACGUUUGCCUCAACCUCCCAUCUGCACCAUUGACGUUUACAUGGUCAUGGUCAAAUGCUGGAUGAUUGACGCUGACAGUAGACCUAAAUUUAAGGAGCUGGCUGCCGAAUUUUCAAGGAUGGCUCGAGAUCCUCAAAGAUAUCUUGUUAUUCAGGGUGAUGAUCGUAUGAAGCUUCCCAGUCCAAAUGACAGCAAGUUCUUUCAAAAUCUCUUGGAUGAAGAGGACUUGGAAGAUAUGAUGGAUGCUGAGGAAUACCUGGUCCCCCAGGCUUUCAACAUCCCUCCCCCCAUCUAUACUUCCAGAGCAAGAAUUGACUCAAAUAGGAGUGAAAUUGGACACAGCCCUCCUCCUGCCUACACCCCCAUGUCAGGAAACCAGUUUGUAUACCGGGAUGGGGGUUUUGCUGCAGAACAAGGAAUGGCAGUACCCUACAGGGCCACAACCAGCACAAUCCCAGAAGCACCAGUUGCUCAGGGAGCUGCAGCUGAGAUUUUCGACGACUCCUGUUGUAAUGGCACCCUGCGUAAGCCCGUGCAACCCCAUGUCCAAGAGGACAGUAGCACCCAGAGGUACAGUGCUGACCCCACAGCGUUUGCCCCAGAACGGAGCCCACGAGGAGAGCUGGAUGAAGAAGGUUACAUGACACCUAUGAGAGACAAACCCAAACAAGAAUACCUAAGUCCAGUGGAGGAGAACCCUUUUGUUUCUCGGCGAAAAAAUGGAGACCUUCAAGCUUUGGAUAAUCCCGAGUAUCACAAUGCUUCCAGUGGCCCACCCAAAGCAGAGGAUGAGUAUGUGAACGAGCCUCUGUACCUUAACACCUUUGCCAACACCUUGGGGAAUGCUGAGUACCUGAAGAACAACGUUCUGUCUGUGCCCGAGAAGGCCAGGAAAGCGUUUGACAACCCUGACUACUGGAACCACAGCCUGCCCCCCAGGAGCACCCUACAGCACCCAGACUACCUGCAGGAGUACAGCACAAAAUAUUUUUAUAAACAGAAUGGACGGAUCCGGCCUAUCGUGGCAGAGAAUCCUGAAUACCUCUCUGAGUUCUCGCUGAAGCCAGGCACUGUGCUGCCUCCUCCACCCUACAGACACCGGAAUACUGUGGUGUAAGCUCAGCCCUGGUUCUAAGGUGGAGAGACACACCCGCUCCAAUUUCCCCACCCUCUCUCUUUCUCUGGUGGUCUUCCUUCUACCCCCCAAGGCCAGUAGUUUUGAUGCUUCCCAGUGGAAGACAUAGAGACGCAAUGAUAGUUACUCGCUUAUCUAACUUGAGCAUAAGAAGGAAGGACUGAAAGAUAAAGAGAGGAGGAACCACACUGUUUCUUCAUCUCUCUGAAUGGAUUGGUUAGGAAAGUGAACAGCUGGAGAUGGACCAGAAAACAAUAAGGCAAUGCUGCCUGCUGUCAAACUAGCUCUCUCUCUCCCUUUCCCUCCCUUCCUCCCUCUGUUCCUUUCUUCUUUCUUCUUUCCUUUUUUUUUUUUAAUUGCUGAUGGUUGAACCACCCACACUAUCUGUUCCUUCCUGUAGUAAUUGAUGAUCAUAUUCAGCAUCCCUGGGAAUCAUUAAAUUUCCAUUAGAACAAAAGGAUAAUCAUUUCAGUAACAUGAGACUAACUGAGAUUCAGAAUCCAAUUUUUUUCCUCAAUAGUUUCUAUCCUGGUAAGGAAGAAUGACAAUCCCAGCUUUCAUAAUUUUUAAAUCUUCACCAACUUCAUAUAGAGUAAUUUUAUUUGGAAGCCUUUUCUGAUUUAUUUUUCUUCUCCUUCUCUUUUCCUUUUCCUUCUCUAACUUUUUUUUUUUUUUUUUUUUUUGCUUUGGCUUAUAUCUUUGUAUUGGUUACUUUUCUAUUUGGGGCUUUAAUUUCUAAUUGCAAGAAUAUUUCCAUCAAAGCUUCUUUAUAUCAUUUAAAAAUAUUUUAAUAUGAUGAAAUGGUCACUAUUUUUUUUUUAAAUCAGUCUUUAAAAUUAGAAGGGAAGGUCAAGACCCUAGUUAAAUUCUGCACCAACUCUAGCAUUCAUGUUUUGCACUAUUGAGUAUAUUCUCCCUUACCCUUUACAUUCUUCAACAUUUUCUUCUCUUCCAUAAAUGGCAGUACUUGAUAGGCAGUUGAUAAUCUUAAGAAUAGAAGGAAUCAAGGAGAUAGUUCUAUGUGGUUCAAGAAAACUACUGAUACGUUCAGGGGUGGUUCAAUGGGGGAAUCCAUGAACUGGAAGAAACACUGGAUGGGUAUGUCUACUUGGAAGAUAUUCAGAAAUGUAGUUUGCACUUAAGCUAUAAAUUUAUUUGUUAUUUUUCUGAACUCCAUUUUGGAUUUUGAAUGAAGCAAUAUGGAAGCAACCAGCAAAUUAACUAAUUUAAGUACGUUUUUUCUUUAAGAGCUAAGAUAAAGACAGACUGUGGAAAUGCCAAAUGAAGCAAAUUAGGAUUUUGGAACAAAAUCCAGGGAUUACAGUGACACAGCGAGCACAUUAGCUCCAUAGGAUAUCAUGUUUGCUACAUAAGGAAAUUUGUUCAGUUUGAAUAUUCCAUAUGAAGGAAUGCAAGUAAAGGAUUGGUUUGAAUUCCAUGGAAUUUCUAGUAGGAGAUUCUCUUUAUAUUGAAUAGAAGGUAACUCUUUGCAUAAAUUGGUAUAACAUAAAGAAAAACACAAAUAUUCAUAGCUUGUAGGUAGGUCCUUGGGUCAAAAUUUGUAAAUAAAUGUGAAAAUUCUUCUCAUGCAAUCAUUUUAUUCUCCAACACAUGAAUCUUUUGACAUUUCGACUUAAGAACUCAUUUUCUGCACACACUGCUCCGAGAUGUAGAACCAUCUGUGACUUUUCAUUUUAAAAGAACAUCUACUGAGUUAAGAUGAGUGAUGGAAACAAAUGACAGUUGAGUUUCUAGUAAAGCAGGGGCUCACAAUAAUAGGAAAAUUAUAUACAUAUACAUAUAUAUGUAUAUGUUUGUAUGUAUAUAUAUGUUUUCUGUUUUGCCCCAAAAUCAUUUAUAAUUUAAAAAUUACUUUUUUCUAAUGUUUAAGAAUUGGGAGCAAAGGAAAUUCAAUAACCUAAAGAUAAUCAGUUAAACUAAAAAUGUCCAUUAGUAAAGCAGAGAGAGAUUAGAGGGGGAAAAUUCCAAGUAAAUCUGUUUCUACCUAAUUUGAAAAAUAAAUCUAUUCAUCCAAAACCUAUUUAUUCAACAGAUAUUGAUUUAGAGUCUACUAAAUAUAGAAUAUCCUCCCUGACUUCAAAGUUUUGCAGUCAAGACUUAUUUGGAAUGAAAUUUUAAUUUCUCCAUGAGUUCAAAAACUCAGAUUGCAUGGAUUAUUUUGUGAGUAGUAUCCAUAAAAUCAGAUUUUUUUAGGUAAAAAAUGUCUUGUGAACUAAUUUGGAACAUGAAUGAAACAUCCUUCAAGUUACUGAUUUGGCAAAUAGGAUAAUUUCUACCAUAACCUCCAAACAUGGUCCAAUAGGAUAUAGCCUCACUGGCUCAUUGGUCUAUCUGGAUUCCAACUUCACCAUUAAAACAAUAGCCAAUGAUGAAUGAUCUUUGGUGAAAUCCCUUAGAGGUGCUGGGGUUGGUCUCAAGUUCUCAGGAGUCAGGCAAGUUGAAAGAGUGAGGUUAAGGAGAAGGAAGAUUAAUGAGGUUCUUUCCAGUGAAGUUCAUCACUUUCUCAAGGAUGAAAACAUAGAUUGACUCAGGACCACAACCUACCAUCUCAAAGCUCUUCCCCUCCAUUCAGAGAAAUUUCUAGGAAAAGGGCACUUCCUCUUUGUACCCAUGAGAAUUGAAUAUAAACCCCUCUUUCUAGAUAAAUCUGUAUCAAGUCAUCUUUGACAGCACUACUUGACCUUUUCAUUUACAAUAUUCAUAUGACUUUUGCCGUAUGAAUGGGAAGCAGGAACACCUAAUUUGAAGAAGGAAAAAUAAUAAUCUUUUUUUUAACUGUUAAGGUAAUAGAUAUAUACUUAGCAUAUGUAGUCUCCUUUCUCUUAAAACACAAGACUUACAGUUUAUGUAAUUUCCGUGUAAUCACUAGAGACUGAUGUAAGUACAAUUCAAACUGGCCUAAAGUACUUAACAUUUUUUUUGAAUGAUUUGUCUCAUAUGCUUGAUUUCCAUUGUUUGGGGCUUUCAUUUUUGUUAUAUUUUUGUCCCCUAGGAAAACAUAUUUAACAGUAUAUAAGAAGGAGUAAAAAUAACAUUUUAACCCAGUAGACUGAAAUCUUAAAACACAAGUUAAAGCUUGCAAAUUGCUUUAGCAUAUCAGAAAUCAGAGGCCAGUGGUAUCAAUGGAAAUAUGCAGAAUCAAUUGUGUAAAUUUGAGAAAAAUUAAUAUUAAAACUAUACUGACUGUAUUUUUUAAAUUGCCGGAUUUUUUCAAUUGAACCUAUCUUGUAGAAUCCUAUUUUCAGACACAGAAAAACCUUAUAAAUUGUUGUUUAAAGAAUUAGUUCUUAAACAGGUACGAAAAGAUGUCUUCUAAACCUGAGUAAAUCCAGAAUCACAAGGCAUGUGUGGCACAGAGGUACUUUGAUGACCUAGCAGCUUUUGGUUUUCUGAAUAUUAUUAGUAGCACGGGAUCAGAUGAGAGUGUUUUCUUCAGAAGCAUUCUCAAAUAACAUGAAAAACAAAACAAUAUUUAAACUCUAUUAAAAACUAAGAAACUUAGCUUUGUAUAUCAGGAGGAAUGACCUAGUAAUGUACCUUGAAGUUCUUCCUGGUGUGUCAGUGUCAAAGAUGGAUGUGGCACGAGGAUGGUGCUCAUCUCUAAUGCUGGGGAAAGAUAGAAAAAGUGCUCUGAGGCUCUGCUGCUAGAUGAACUUGGAAGGAUGAUUAGUGCACUUUGUGAAGUGUCAAAAAGCAAAAGAAAAUUAACAUCAUUUAUGCCUGACAGGGAAGGAUGUAAAUACAAAUUUUUUUUAGAGCUAUCUAAACUUUAUUUAAAAACUUGAAUUAUUCACCCACCUGUAGUUAUUAAUUAUUUAACUAGUCUAUGUAGUUCCUAAGGUAAUAGAAAAGGGGAUCAUGAAAGCAUGUAUAUAACUGGACAGAAUCACGAUAAUGCUGUAAGAUGUAGAUUUAGUUAGGUUGUUAUCUGAUGUUAAGCAGUUUUAAUAUUACUAAUUAAAUCAAACUAGAAAACUAACCAUAAGGUAUAAUGUAACAAAAUAAAAUUCAGGAUAUGAAAAUGUAGAAUGUAAAAUUAAGUUUGCCAUUUAAAUUGUUACUUGUGGGGUUUAGCUGAGAGUAGACAUCUAUGGUUCCAAAUUUGGAAACUGUUUAAAGUACUACAGCUAAAUUGUUUCUAGUUUUCUUAUUUCUUUAUCACUUUUCAAAUGUAUUAAGCGUAAAGAGAAAUUUAUUUUAUGUUUUUCAUUUUGUUUUGCAAACACCACCUUGUAGCAUUUAGUAGGUAAAUAUGUUGCAUGAGAUUUUAAGUAAGAAGUCUUCAAAAUGAAGUAAAGAAGAUGAAAAUAUUCUAUUACCUUAUGCAGAGACAAAAAAGAAAAAGAGAGCGAAAAAGAGUGCUGUCAUUUAGAAAGCAAACAAAAUGUAUUUAAAUUGUGACAUAUCCUUUGUUUUUUCAACAUGACUUUUAGCCUCCAAAAUCAAUAAGGAAUUAGUUAACAUUUUUUUUUCUGACAAAUACAUGUUAAACCAAACAUUUUAAAUGACUAUAUUGUCAUCCUUUUGGACUCUAGAUUUUAGAAUGAUGAUUUGGUAUGGGGCAAAUGAAAAAUUCAGGUAUAACCUUUUAGCUGUUAAAGAGCCAGACAAAUCAACUUCAAUUGUAUGCACUGUGGGCAGAACAUCCCGAUCUGCCUGCGUUCAUGGACUUUGUUGUGUGUCAGGUGAAGGACAGCCUUGUACCUGUCUAGGCACAUAAAGGCACACUGGUGCCUGCUUGCUAUUUACUCAAGAACAAUUAACAAUGUGUGGAAGUAGAUGUAUAAUUUUAGGAGAUCAUUAUCAGUAAAGACCUUAUUCUCACUAUUACUACAGUGGGGUCAGCUUAUAUAUUUCUGGGUAGAAUUAAUACCUUUUUUUUUUUUUCUGAUUCUGGAGAUGCUUUUGCAAAAGGAAUUUUCUCCGCAGUUGUAAACACAAAGCUGUUGUGGGUAUCCUGUGGGGCCAGGAGCCCUUGACUUUGUGUGGGUUAUUUUCUUUUAACACCAUGGGCUGCUUUGUUUAAUUCAUUAGAAGAAAGGAUUCUCUAAAAUAGUAGAAAUUCCACACACUGUUCAAGUUCCACUGACUUUGUAGAGAGGCAAAAUAAUAGGAUAUGUCACUUUUCCAAACUGCUGCCUCAUCUCAUUCCUAGCCAGGUGAUAUUUUGGGCAAGAAGAGAAAGCUUCUAGAGUCACUGUUGAAAAGGCUCCAAACCCCAAUUUCAUGGGGGCAUUCACAUGGAAAACACUCUUUGACAGUCAGCUUUGCAAGUAUAUGAUUAUCUUGUUAGGAAUCACAGAAAAUUUUAUUUCUGUCUGAACUUUAGAGUAAAAUAGCACCUUACUUUUUUUUUUCCCCCUCAUUGACACAGCUGCCCCUAUUGUCUUCACUUUCUACCACCCUAGUUCAAAGUGGCUAAUUAGGAUGCUGACCCUCUCUUAAGCCAUAGUGGAUCUCUGGGGUCCAACACCCUGCUCUGCUAAAUACUGACGUAGCCUUUAUCCUCAGAUGCCUGAUUUUUUUUCAUAAAAGAUGCUACCAAUUUGGACAUUAUUUAAAUUAUUUAUCAAAUAGAUUAUUGCACAGAGAAUACUUUAGGAUAUUAAAAUUGUUUUUCCAUGAAAAUUAAUUCUCUUCCUGUGUUCUUGAAUUUGAGAUGAAAUCAGCCCCAACAUGCAUCUCAAAAUUCACAUACAUGCACAUGUUCUUCUAGGUCUUAGAUAUAAUCUUUCUGUAAAUCUAUAUGUGUUACUGAGAAGUGAUUUUGCUAGAAAAUUAACUUAUUUACUUUAUUCAUCUUAUUUUAUUUCUAAUUGCAAAUAUUUUAUAGCUGCUGUAAUUUUUUUUCCAAAUGAGGAAUCUUAUUAUCAUAAAGGUAAAGGCUUUGCAACUCUGAGAACCUCCUGUGAUUUUUCUUCAGACGGUUCACCCAUCUAACCAGUUUAUAACGAGUGCAGUUUCACUGUAAUGGAAAUCCAUGUUUUCUGAUAGAACACCAUUCUUUCUCUACUUUUGCUCUUUAAGGACAUUUUUCCUGUAAUGCUCUAGCAAGUUGUCCCUGUAUCAUGAGAACUGGUUAUAUUUGUCCAAAUAUACAAACAUAGGAAAACAGUUUCUUACCCGUAGGCUAUAGUCUUCUUGUCCAAGCCACUUUUCCUUUUCUGCUAUUUUUGACCCUAAUGUAUAAAUGUUUCUCCCAAGCCUAUAGCCCUUUUGAAGAAAAGCAAAUCAGACCUUCUAUGUAUUGACAUAAACCUGGUUUUCAAGUAUCAUUUCUGGAGUUUUCAGUUAAUGGAGAGGUUGUACCUUUCCCCUUAAUGUGUGAGUCCUUUUCCUGUAUAUUUCUGGAUCUCUCAGGGGCUGGGAGGGGGGAGUGAGGGGACUACAACCAUAGCACUCCAAGAACCCUUUUGGAAUUACUACAGUAAUCAACUACGAAAGUUAUUUUCUAAGUGUAGAUAUGUAAGCUGUUCUCUUAAAGUAAGGUACUUUGAAAUAUGUAGCAUAAACUGGUACUGCUGUUAAAUGGGUCGAUUAUUAUACUGAGCAGCUGUGCGAGGGCAGCUAACUUUGAAUGCGCAUCUCACUGGCUGGUGUGUCUACAUCUCAUAUUGUGAGCACCAGGAAUUGCACCGCUGCAUGUUAAAAAUGCAUUUUUCUCACUGUUUGACUGGUCCUUCAUCUCUUUCUUGAGCAUCGGAACAAGAUGUUAAGAUGUAAUGAAAAUGAGAUGAACGUGUCACACGAUUCAUAGCACAAAACAAUAAGCCACAUGAAAUCUUCUCUCAAAUUCUCAUCUCAUGCACACAUCAAAGUAGUUGACUAAGGUCAGUUUGGGUGAUAAAGGGAGACACUUUACCGAAAGGCAGAGUUGUGUUCACGACGUCCUUAUUUUCUUAACUUGCAAAAGAAAACAAGUCCUCUCUCCUGUUGAAGUAUCUUCAAAGGACAGGGGUACAAAAAUAACUUGCUGGUAAGCCAUCAAUGUUUCAUUUAAAUCCCAGCGUUCAAAGUUAGCUGCCUUUUUGAAAUAAACAAACAAAAAAUACUACUGUAUGUUUGAAAAUGUGAAUAGUAUUUUUAUAGCUUGUUAAAGACAUGGCUAGUUGCAUUUGUAAAUAAGGAUAAUGUUGCUUUGAUUUUCUUUUGUGAACAUCUUUAUUUGGAACAUAAUUGUCUUUAGGGUUGAUUUGUAUAUAAGUAAUUGGCUUGUGAUUGUUUCUUUUUUUGGUUGGAAGUUAUCAUUUUGACAUUACUCGUGAUUCUGUGUUCAGCACUAUUGUGACGUGUCCAACCUCUGCACUCGCUUACACAAUAGGAUAUGCCAAUUGUGUGUGGUGUAAUGUUAUUUUAAUUUUUUUUCUAUUUUAUCUAUGAAGGAUUAUGCACUUAACACAUACUAACUUUUUUAAUGUUAGGUAUAUUUUUAGUAUAAUUUCCCUUAUUCUCUCCUCUCCUCCAGCCUUUCACCCCUUUCCCCGCCCUUCCCCUGAUUUCUGUUGUUAUUCGAGAAUGAGGGAGAAACAGUAUUUUAAAUUUCUGUAAUUAGGCUUUUCAGUUAGUUCUCAAGGAUCCUCCUUUGGCUCUUGGGAAAGAAUUAUACCUGUUCAAGGCAAUUAUAGAAUGCGAACUGCUUUGCCUCAUUCCGUACUGAUCAUCCCAGCUGAACAAUUUGAAAACUGUUCUGCCUUUUUGUUACAUGAAUCUGUCAGAAAUAUAUUUUUAAUUUAAUAUAAAUGAAAUUCAAUAAAAUAUGAAACAAAUGUU